AGUGCGUUGACAUAUCUGACAUCUAAUAUCAAAUUGUUUAAAUUGUUGCUAAGUUUUUUUAACAUUUAACGUCUUUCAUGUAGAUUUUUUAUCAAAAAUUAAUGCUGAAUAUUUUUUUGAAAUCAUGACGACCGAAAACUUAUAUAAAAAGGGAAUGAAAGUGUGGAUUCCACACCCAAACAAAGUCUGGGAAAGUGCAAUUAUUUUGGAAGACUAUAACACCCAUCAAAACAAACUCCUCAUACAAACAGAGGAUUCCAGAGAAAAACAAAUUUUGAAUAUCACACUAUCCGAUAAACUACCACCUCUGCAACUAGUUGAAGACACUUCUCUUGAUUUUCGAAGAAAUUUGGACUUACUGACUGUUAUUCACGAAGCAACAAUUUUGCAAAGAUUGAAAGUACGAUUCGCAGCACAUAGUUAUUACAGCUAUUGUGGAACAUUCACUAUUUUUUUAAAUCCAUAUAGUAAUUAUUCUAAUUACAACGAGUAUAAAGUUAUUAAUUAUCGAAAAUAUUCUUCAAGAUAUUCAGAACCACAUAUCUUUGGAGUUGCCGAAAAUGUUCGUGCGACAUUAGAAAGAGAAAAUUAUGAUCAAACUUUAAUUAUUACUGGUGAAUCGGGAUCUGGAAAAACUGUCAACGCAGUACUUGCUAUCUUGUAUCUCACAAAUAUGGACACAAAAGAAGAUCAAUUUAAAAAAAAAAUUCUAGCAUCUUUAAUAAUAUUACAAGCUUUCGGUCAUGCUGGUACAAAAAGCAAUCAUGAUUCAUCAAGAUUUGGUAAAUUUGUUCAGAUACAAUAUGAUACAAAUUAUCGUGUGAUUGGAGCAUUACUUACAACAUACUAUUUCGAUAGCUCGAAUAUUAUUUCACAGGGACUGUAUCGCCAAAUGUUCAAUAUAUUUUAUUAUAUGUAUGCAGCAGAGGAGUAUUUUUCUGUUUUGCAAUUAGAUAAAGCUCAGUAUGAUUAUGCAAGUGAUUCAGAAGAAGAUAGUUACGAGAAACCAUAUCAAUAUAUGCAUGAUAGAAUAUAUUUUGAUAAAACAAUUGAAGCUUUUAAUAUGUUAGAAUUUUCGGAAAUGGAACAGUAUGAAAUACUUCAAAUUUUAGCAGUAUUAUUACAUAUACGAAGUUUAGAAUUUAAAAAACUUGAAGGAAUGGCAACCAGUAGAAGUAUGGAGAGUUGUACCAUUGUGGAUCAAGAUCCACUAAAAAAAAUAGGUAAAAUAUUAGGUUUGAAUGAACAAGCUCAAAAUACAAUACAAAAAUGGAUGUGCUGUAAAAGAAUAUUUUACAAGCCAGAUGAGCUAAUACAACCAAUGACUUUAAAUCAAGUAUUAAAAUCGCGCGAUACUUUUGCCAGAUUUAUUUAUACUCAACUGUUUGGUACGAUAGUCACACGCAUUAAUAAUGCUUUACGUUCCUCAUGCCGUAUUCGAAACUUUAUUGGUAUUCUUGACGGGCAUGGUAUUGAAAAUUUGGAAUCAAAUUCUCUGGAGCAAUUAUGCAUCAAUUAUAUUGACGAAAAAGUUGAGCAAUUAUUCAUUCAAAUAAAUUUGAAGUGUAAGCAGGAAGAAUAUCUAAAAGAAGGCAUAGGCUGGACAUUUAUGGAAUUUUCAGACAAUAUAAAUUGUCUCGAGAUGUUAGAAUGUAAAUCUGGUAUAUUGGAUUUGCUUGAAGAAGAUACUAAGGUAAAAAGCGAAAGGAGUUUGCUCUGGUUGGAAUGUUCAUACAUUCUGUACGGACACACUAAAAAUUUUAUAAUAUCCACAGAAAAUACAGAUUUUACAAUUCGGCACUUUCUUUAUCCUGUACGCUAUACUACAAAUAACUUUUUAUCAAAAAAUGAUGAGAGCGUCAAUGAGGAGCAGCUUGAAGUUUUUAUGGGGAGUAAGAAUACAUUGAUGAUCAAGUUGGUUAACGAAGAGCUCUCAAAAAUUAAUAUGCAUAAAUUUAAAAGAACAAUGGGUGUCAGAAAACGAGCCUCGUACAUCGAGACGCCCAAGAAAACAGUAAUUUCUGAAUUACAAACAUCUUUUACUGUGCUUACUGAGACUUGGAGUAAAACGAGAUCGCAUUUUGUGAGAUGUAUACAAAGCAAUAACAUAAGAAAGCCCUAUAGAUUUGAUUCGCAACACGUAGUGGAGCAAUUACGUGCUUAUAACGUUGUUCAAGCAAUAAAAGUAUCAGCAGCAAUGAAAUUGAAACGAAUGUGCUAUGAAGAAUUUACUCAACGUUACAGCUGCCUAAGCCAACUCGGAGAUGUGAUUUCUAAAGAUAAACGGAAAUUUUGUAGGAUAAUUUUGUCUCGAUACGGAAAGAUUGAUAAUGUCAAAUUUGGGCAUACAAAAGUAUUUUUUGAUCAUGAUGUGUUUGAUUAUUUGCAAAAUAUAUGCGCCAAAAGACGUAGUCAUGCCGCCAUUGUUAUACAGAAAUUAGCACGUCGUUUUUUACAACAAACUCGCUACAAUGAAAUACGUCGUGCGAUUUGUGGCAUUCAACCAUACGCUCAUGGACACUUGGUGCGACGUUUGGCUCAGUCUCUGCUUGAUAGGACCGAUCUAGAACAUUUUGCAGCCAUAAAGAUUCAGGCAUGUUUCCGAGGUUUUCUCCAACGACGUUGGUAUCAAUACAUCAAAUACUCCUCAAUACAAGGAAGUGAAACCAAUCAGCAGUCCGAACAAUACUAUUUGGAAAAUUUAGCUGCCACGGAAAUUCAAAAACACGUGAAGAGCUUUAUAGCCCGUCAGCAAUACAAGAGAACUGUAAGAAAAAUUAUAAUUGUGCAGUCAUUAGUAAGACGGUUUCUCGUUAUACAACGACUGAAGAAACGGCAAGCUCGAAAUGAUCUACAUUUUACUGUACUUCAUAGAAGUACUGAAAUAGAUCUGGAUUCUUUGGGAAAAAAAAUUGAUUACCUAAUGUCUACGCGCUUAUCAUAUGACGAUAUAGUAUCUCUGCAUUCGAUUAUGGAUAAUCAAACAAGCAUACCGGUUAAGAAUAGAAUAUUGAACAAAUUGUUGUUUAAAAGAGUUAAAACUGCAAAGGACCUUAGCACUAUUCCAAGCCCGUGCGAAAUACUACAGGAAGUUGACAGAGAUGCUGAUAUUGUUCAACAAACUGCCAAUAUUGCUGAAGUUCCCAGUACGUCCGGUGAACAAAAAGAAUAUAACAAGGAUACUGAAGAGCUCAAAGAACCGAUUCAAGUGCCUGGUUCAUCUCAAACUACAGAACAACAAAAAAAGCUUGAAGAUAGAAUACGCAAAAUAACUCUCACUCAUGAAGAAACAUCGCAAGAUUCGGCUCAGCGGUAUUCAUCUCCCGAAUCCAGCAGCAAAAAAAAAUCCAUAGUGCCAUUUUCGAGGCCUGCGUAUCUUGAUGAAGAAUACAAAAAAAAAAUGUUUGAAUGUGAUAACCCAGAAGACCAGGAAAAUGUAUGUGAGGAAAGUUUAACUGAAACAAUAAAAUAUGAGGGUAUGUUUCAGUUUGAUCUAAAAGCUACUCACUCUGUAAUAGAUAAUCUUACAGAUGUAAAUCCAUCAAUGCUCAUCGAAUGCGAUCAAUCACUAGAUUUACCAGCUCAAAUUUUAAUGAUGUGCAUUCGUUAUGCGGAUUACGAAAAUAAUCGUGCUGCUGCAGUUUCACUUAUACAUAACUUUAGAACAAAAGUUAAACAUGUCGUUGAAAAUCAAGAGCUAUUUGAUAUAGGAGUCUUCUGGUUUCUCAAUACAUGUCGAUUACUAAAUUAUUUGAAGCAAUAUUCAAAAAAAACAGCAGGAAAUCAACCGUUCGAUAGAUUUCGCGUGGAAAAUACAGUUCGUCAGAAGCAGCAAUGUCUUAAAAAUAUUGAUCUUGGAGAUAGUUUGUGCAUUCUGCAAGAAAAUAGUAUAUUGGAACUGAUUUCUUGGAUCAUUAGGAAGAUGAAAACUUCCGAUUUAGUGGUACAUGGGGUGACAUCUUUGUUUUUCACAGAACAAAUCUCUGAUUUGGAUAUCGAAUCUGAGACAGAAGAAAUCACUCGAAACAUCGAUAUGUUCAUCAGUGAACUAUCAGAGUAUCAUAAAACAUUUAUUAAGUUUGAAAUUGAUUACCAACUGGUUAUACAUAUUUUUAAAUCAAUUUUUGAACAAAUUAACUCUAUAACUCUCAAUGUUAUUUUAAGUCGAAAUGAAUUCUGCAGUGUAUCUAAAGGAGUGCAAAUUCGGUGCAAUUUGAGAAUUAUAGAACGUUGGCUUAUAGACAGACAAUUAUCAAUGGUGAAUCAAAAGUUGAUCCCGGUGAUUCAAGCAGCCAGAUUAAUUCAAUUACAACCUAUAUCGCGAAACACUCUAUUAAAUAUUUUUGAAAACUAUGAUAAACUCAAUUGCGAGCAAAUUGUGAAUAUAUUCGAAUUAUAUAAUACUCAAUGUCUUCGAUCAAACCCGUCGAAUCAAGAAGUAUUGGUUUCACAUACCUUGAUUGAUGAAUUAAAAAAAAUGUUUGAGCGACGCCAAAAAUCAACCGAUACAGUAGUUGUGGAUAUAAAAGCACGUCCCACAGAUAUAGUACCAUUUCGCCAUUCAAAGGCUAGGCUAGAACAAGUUGAAAUACCAUCGCAAUAUAAUCUGCCAAUGUUAAAAAAAAUAUAAUGCUACGGACAUAUGCUGCAUUAUGAUUUUUAUUAUCACUAUUAUUGUUUUCAAUGUUGUAUAAAAAUUUUAUUUCAAUGUAAUUUAGUUUUUAAGUAUACUUCAUAACUAUUUUAUACUUUCAUUGAAAAAAAAAUUAUAUCCAUGAUUCUAAAUGUAUUAAUUAUUAUUAUAAUAGCUAAGAAGAAAUGAGAAUAAGAGCUUCAUUUUUAU